AUGUCGCCCUCCUCUCCCGCUUCCUCAUCCUCCUCCCUUCCUUCAUCCAACGUCCUCCUCGCCUUACCCGAUGGUGCCAUCCCGUCAGGUCACGAAGAUGCGAAGUCUCACACCAUUUCGACCAUCGGAGGAUACCCAACGUUUCCUCCACUGUCCUCACAGGAUAAAGCACCGGAAGAAAUUCGAUGCGGAAUCUGUCAUCAGGCAAUACCUCUUCUGGCGCAGGUCUACUGUCCACCGGAGGAUGGAGAAAAUGAUCGAACAGUCUACGUGUGGGCUUGUGCCAGAUCCAGCUGUCAACGGAGGGAUGGAAGUGUUCGUGCCUAUAGAGCAUCUUUAAGGAACGACGAGUAUGCUAUUGAUGCCGCUGCGAAACGGGCAGCCGCUGCGAAAGCAGCCGAGGCAGAAAGAGAGCGGGCUCGAAAAAACCCAUUCUCGAUGCCUGCAAGCGGUGACGGCAAAUCUCUAUUCGGCUCAGCUCAACCGCUCUUUGGUGCUCCUCCUUCAGCAGACCUAUCCAAUCCGCCGGAUAUAUCCUCUCUAUCCCUUCAACCGAAUGCUAGCACAUCCCACGCUCCCCCACUGCCCGCUUAUCAGCCUCCGCAAUAUCUGACGACAAUCGAUGAAUACCUCGCUCCACCGGAAGAUGUUGACAUGGACGAUGACGAGGAGGAUCAGAUGGACUUGCGCAACGAGAGAUGGGAGCAACUUCUCCCAAAACACAUGGAUGAGGUCUUUGAACGCUAUGUCAAGCGUCUUAAAGAUGCCGAUGGUGGAGCGGGCCAGGUGCUGAGAUAUGAGCUCGGCGGUGUCCCAGUGCCAUACUCUUCCAAAUCACCCCUUUACAGUCGCCUGUUCCCCGGGGCGCCGAUCACUCGCACACCGGACGCAGAGGAAGAGCCAGACUUCGCCGAUUUCUACAAUCCUGAAAGCCUACCGCCAUGUUCACGUUGUGGAGCCAAACGCGUCUUCGAACUUCAGCUCGUCCCGUCUCUCAUAUCAAUACUCUCUCCAGAUAAAUUGACUACGACCGGCAAGGCGCCGUCCAAGAAGGAGCGCAAGCAGAGUGAAGAGGAGAGAAAGAAGGACCUGGCAAGGAUAGCUGCAGGCCUUAAGGGUCAGGGUGACGAGCAAGAGAUCGGAGACAUGAACUGGGGAAGUAUUCUGGUUUUUGGAUGCGAGGCGGAUUGUGUAGGUGUAGGAGAGGAAUUUGUGGCAGUCGAAUGGGAGUCAUUUUUGUCAGAGACCUCCGAGUAA